AUGUCCCUCAGAGGUUAUCUUUCAAGUGACUUAAAUACCGAGCGCCCGGGCAAUCUCUCAGAACCACCACCCCCCGUUCUUGAUUUUGCACGUGUAGUAUCACUCCGUCUUACCGCUGCCAUCCUCGCUCUAGUGGUCUUGUUUCUUGGGCGCUUGGUCUGGAACUCGAAAUGGGAGAAGAGAUAUCCGUUCCCGCCUGGGCCGCACGCUCGGGAUAUCGACCUUGCAAAGUUUAGGGCAAAUCCCGGAGUGACGUUUAUGGAGUGGGCCAAGUCUUAUGGCCCAAUCAUCUCCUACUCCCUCAGAGGCCAACGAACAAUCGUCCUCAACUCUCCCAAGGCCGUAACGGACCUUCUAGAGACCAAAUCAUCCAUCUACUCCGACCGACCCAUUAAUUGGAUGGCAGGCGAGCUUGCAGGUCGGAAAUGGAACGUCUUCUCCAUCAGCUCCCAGCACCCCCGCUUCAAGAUCUACAGAAGGCUCCUGCACAACGGCCUCAACCCACGCGCAUCAAAAGAUUACAGGGCGAUUCAGCACUCGGAAACAAUGUGCAUGUUGAAGACACUAGCGACUAACCCGGAGGACUUUAUCUUUGCGUUGCGAAGGUCAGCCGUGGCUACGAUGCUCAAGCUCGCCUAUGGCUUUCAAAUAGGAGGGCGGGAUGACACGUUCGAGAGCAUCCUCGAAGAGACAUUUAAGGUAUCGGUAGAGUUGGGUACACCAGGGAAGUACCUAAUUGAAAGCUACCCAUGGCUGAGAUUCGUACCGGCGUGGUUCCCUGGAGCUGGCUUCAAGCGAUAUGCACUUGGAGUGAAAGAGAAGCUUGACCAUAUGAAUAGCAUUCCAUUUCAGUGGACCUUGCGUCGCAUUAGAGCAGGAAACCACGUCGAGUCGUUUAUCUCGAAGCUUCUAUCCAUAGACACACCAUACAUCGACUCGAAGGAAAAGGAAGAUGUGUUAAAGUGGUGUGCAUUUGGACUAUACAUUGGAGGGGGAGACACGACCGUCUCGGCUUUGACCACGUUUAUGCUGAUCAUGCAGCUUCAUCCGGAUGUCCAACGACGGGCCCAUGCGGAUAUCAGUCGGGUCUGCCAAGGUCGACUUCCGACACCCGACGACUACAAGUCACUGCCGUACAUUGAAGCUAUUAUCAAAGAGAUCUUGAGAUGGGGGCCUGUCGCUCCUCUGGGCUUACCCCAUUGCGCGACACGAGACGAGAUCUACGAGGGGUAUUACAUACCUAAAGGGACGAAGAUAUUAGCGAACAUCUGGUGA